GAAUCAGUGUGCUCACUGUCGACCAACAUGAACAGCACAGAGAAGCUGAAAAUCUUACUUUUCUGCGGCCUGGUAUUAUCGGCCCUCGCAGAGGAGACGAAAAAACCAGCUGAAUCUGAAAAAGUUCAGCCAAAGGAAGAGAAGACGAAACGUGGCUUGGAGCUGAGCCUGGGAGACCACGGUGGUUUCGGAGGAGGCUACGGAGGAGGCUUCGGAGGAGGUUACGGAGGUGGCUACGGAGGAGGUUUGGGUGGCGGUUUGGGCGGCGGCGGCGGCGGGCUGGGCGGCGGCGAGCAUAUAUCCGCGGAACACAUCCAGGCAGUCACGGUCACAAAGACCGUUCACGUUCCUGAACCGUAUCCAGUCGAGGUCCCAAAACACGUCCCCUAUCCUGUCAAAGUACCGAUUAAAGUACCUAUUGACAAGCCCUAUCCCGUCCAUGUGCCCCAACCUUACCCAGUGACCGUCGAAAAACACGUACCUUAUCCAGUCGAGAAGCCAGUACCUUACCCCGUCAAGGUACCCGUCAAGGUACCAGUCAAGGUGCCUUACCCGGUCAAGGUACCAGUCAAGGUGCCUGUUACGAUUUCAAAACCAGUGCCCUACCCCGUUAAGGUGCCCUUGUACGUGAAGGAAGCUGUACCAGUUUACGUGAAAGAGCACGGAUUCGGCGGUGGAAUCGGCGGUGGAAUCGGCGGUGGAUACGGUGGUGGAUACGGUGGAUUUGAGGGUGGAAUCGAGUUAGGUGGACACGAGCUCGGUGGUUACGGACAUCACUGAAGGAAAGACUUCGUCUCGAAAGAGAAUCGAAGUCUUUGACCUUGCGCGUCUUGUUCAAUGAUCGCUACCAGACACGACAACCGAUUUCAUGAAAUCGGUAUUCAUCACGAUCGUCAGAUCGUUUCACGUUCGUACGCGAACACCGCGAUCGAAGAACAAGCGCGCUGCGCGUAGUAGACGUCAGUCGAAUGUACCAAUUAUUGUAUUCACUCCGUGAUCCU